AUGGAGAACCAAACCACUAAAAGUGGAUUUGUUCUUCUUGGACUCACCGAUGUCCCUUAUCUGAAGCCUCUCUGCUUCUCUGUGUUCCUGGUGAUGUAUGUAAUCACAUUGUCUGGAAACCUUCUGUUGAUCCUACUGGUGAGAAUCAAUUCACGGCUACAGACCCCAAUGUACUUCUUCCUCAGUAACCUCUCAUUCAUAGACAUCUGCUUCUCCUCCACCAUAGUUCCCAAAAUCCUGAAAAACACUCUGUCUCAAGACACAAGUAUCUCCUUGCUGGGAUGUGGAGCUCAGAUGUACUUCUCAUUAGCUCUUGGGUCAACAGAAUGUUUUAUAUUGGCCGUCAUGGCUUUUGACCGAUACGCAGCCAUUUGUAAGCCAUUACACUACAAUGUUAUCAUGAACAAUAAGCUGUGCUUCUCUUUGGCUGCUGGUUCUUGGACUAUGAGUUUUACAAAUUCUGGUAUUCAUAUUUUUCUCACAUUUCAACUCCCUUAUUGCAAGUCCCACCACAUCAACCACUUCUUCUGUGAGAUACCACCUUUAUUCCAUUUGUCUUGUAGAGACAUAUGGUUCAAUGAGGUAUUAAUGUAUAUCUCCGCUGGGAUCAUUGCAAUGUGCUCUUUUUGUCUCACUCUAGUUUCAUAUAUUUACAUUAUUUCUACCAUACUGAAGAUCCGAUCCUCCCAAGGUCGGCAUAAAGCUUUCUCCACCUGUACUUCUCACCUCACAGUGGUAGCUCUCUACUAUGGUACCAUCAUGUUCAUGUAUCUGAGACCUCAUUCUGUUUACAUUCCUGAGAUUGACAAAACAGUAUCUAUUCUUUAUACGACAGUGACUCCAAUGCUAAAUCCCAUUAUCUACAGCAUGAGAAACGAGGAUGUCAAACGUUCUUUAAGAAUGAAUAAAGACAUCCUUAAAAAGUGA